AUGAACUCUUACGUUUCGGUCAGUUGUGAUGAGCUCACGGAUGCUCAAAAAAAGAAGUUUCUAAAGACGUUGAAAGUAUCUUUCACUGCUUCUCAAGCUGCUCAAGCUGGUAAAGGAGUAUCAAUUGUAUUUUCACCAGGUGAAAUCGCUGCUUCGUUAAAUAUGGACGGAGACGCUCUUACUGGAUCUGGAUUGAGUGGUGGGUCGCUAUGGAGCUGGAUCAAGGAAAAAGCAUGGCCUUGGUUGAAAGAGAAUGUGUGGCCUGUAGUUAAACCACUGGUAUCUGGUGUUGUUGAUCAAGGCGCUCAAGCUCUUGGAGCGUAUACAGGACAGCCAGGAUUAGUCAAUGCUGUUCGAGGUGAAGUAAAAAAUCUUACUGGUGUUGGCGUCUGUAAAAAGGGAUCGCCUGAAAUGAAAGCAAAGAUGGCUAAGCUACGGUCUAUGCGCAAGAGUGGAGGAAGUUUCAGACUUUGA